AUGCCCCCAGCAACGACUUUCCGACUCACUCUUCCAAUUGAAGAAAACUCCAAGAGGAAACCACGUUGUGACCCUUAUCCUAGGCUUAUGGCUAGAUUCUACGAGCCAUACUUCCUCCUGUGCAGUCUCGGCAAGACGCGGAACAGCUACACAGAAUAUCCGCGAUCUGGCUCUCGACAGCAGGAGAUGCGCAGAGAGUACAUGCGAAAUCUUGCCUUUAUCUGUGAUGGGAAGAAGGGCAGAUAUACAUUCACUGCCUUUUCCGUUGCGGAAGUGGAUGGUGCCUAUGUCUUUUGCUUGGCCUCUCCUUCUCCAAGGAAGUGCAAGAUUAUGCUGGAGCGCUCGAUCGGUACGCUGGUCGAAUAUGCCAUAACGGCGGACAAUAAAAAGAAGAAGAGAAUAGUACAAAAGUUUCUCAGGAAGUGUAUAGAGCAUGCGAAAAAGCGUGUUUCGGCAUAUAUAAACGAUGUGAAGGCGGCCAUUCCGGCUUGCAUCGAGAAGAUGGCGAAUAAGAGCAACCGAAAUAAUGAUGCGCACGUUGAGGGGCUUAGGUUGCUUCUGGCGCAUUGUCGUGACAAUGAGUCUGGCCACGUCAACACCUGCGUUGCCAUGUACCGGACGUCCAAGUCAGCACUGAUGAGAAAACUCUAUGAGGAAGAAAAGCUGGAGAAAAACUGGUAUGUGGAUCAAAAAUUCUCAGGCGACGAGAAUGGAUGCUUUGCCAGAGUAAGGCACUCCAUCGGGCGCCUAGCUAGUCGAAUCCACAAGCCUCUCUUGCUGCUUCUAAACGCAGCGCUCAUGCAGGACAUAUUGCAGAGCGCUAAAGUCGAGGUCAUCGAGCAGAGCCCGUGUGCACCGAAGCCAGAAGCAGAUUCGCAGACAACCCUGCCUGCGAUUUUGCGCCGCAUGUUCCCGAAAGAUGAUCUAGAUGUCGCCAAUGCAGAGCAGGCGUUGGUGGACUUGCAAGAAACGUGGCGCAAACCAUUGACAAGAUAUAUGGACUGUGAACGCGAGUGUAAUCCGUUUGUGCACAGCGAGGUCUCCGUCUUGGAACAUUUCUACAAGUAUAAACUCAAAUUCCUUGAAGGAGAUCGCUAUGUCUACUGCAGCAAACCGGCUUGUUUCGCUUGCAAGCUUUACUUUGCGGAGCACCCGGCAAGGAUGGUCGUUCCAGAAUCACACGGGAAGGUGUAUCCUAACUGGGGACCGCCUUUGAUUGAGAAUUUCAAGAAAAAAGAUGCGGAUUCAGAUAGGCAGCGGGAUUUGAUGAUCAAAAUUACAAAGACUGUAAGAGAUGAAGUUGUUGAUCAUCUGUGGGGAAGAAAUGUCCCUCCAGAGUGGCACCCGGAUUCGACAACCGGCGUCUCGACUUUGGAGAUGUCACUGCAUGGUUUGGAGGAUGAUAUAGUGGCCAGUAAAGGUGACAAUCAUGUCGUGUUAUAUGCGUCUGAUGUUAAUUAUAGGGUUGGGUCGAGCCCAGAGGGGGAAUUACUACAUGAAAUCGGUCAUGCUUUUAAUGAGAGUAGUGCCUCUCUGAGAAGCAGUGGGCUGGAAGGAUAUCAGCCCCAUGACGAGGAUGACUUAGACGAGGAUAAUUCAGACGAGGAAGGCGGCGCAUCACUAUAA